AGUUCACCAAACGUGUGUUUGUUGUUGUUCUGUUAACUUAUCCCAAUUCCUGUUGGAGCCAAAUUCACUCUAAAAAGACAAGAGUUUGUUUUCGCGGAUGGAUUAAAAGGGGAGUUUCAGGUAUGUGUCUGAUUGGGAAUCGGCGGAAGGCCGUGCCUCACCUUAACACAUAAAAGUAGUCCCUGUCCGUAAGGAGAACGGGGUUUCGGAGCCUCUGCCCGCGCGUCCGGCUCGCAUCAUCCAGUCGGUCUCCGCCCCGUCGCUCCAUCAUCAGCUCACAUCCAGGGAGGGGGGGGAAAUAGAAAAAGAAACGACGGGAGCAGGAGGAACCACGUCGGUGGAAAUAAGGAACCAUGAAGGACCGCAUGCAGGAACUUAGACAUGGCAAGGAGACAACAGAAGAAGAGGAUGAAGUCGCCGUGGGGAUGGACAAAGGCUUCAUGGAGGAAUUCUUUGAACAGGUAGAGGAGAUCCGGGGUUUUAUCGAGACUCUGGCAGAGAAAGUGGAAGAGGUGAAGAGGAAGCACAGCGCCAUCCUCGCCUCGCCGAACCCCGAUGAGAAGACCAAAGCCGAGCUUGAGGACCUCAUGGCAGACAUCAAGAAACUGGCCAACAAAAUUCGCUCUAAAUUAAAGAGUAUUCAGCAAACCAUUGAGCAGGAGGAAGGGCAGAACAGAUCGUCAGCUGACCUGAGGAUACGCAAAACACAGCACUCCACGCUGUCGAGGAAGUUCGUCGAGGUGAUGUCAGAGUACAACACCACGCAGUCGGACUACAGAGAGCGCUGCAAGGGCCGCAUUCAGAGACAGCUGGAGAUCACUGGAAGAAACACUACAAAUGAGGAGCUGGAGAGCAUGUUAGAGAGUGACAACCCUGCCAUCUUCACCUCUGGGAUAAUAAUGGAUAACAUCACCCAACAAGCAAUGAAUGAGAUCGAGACGCGGCACAACGAGAUUAUCAAGCUGGAAAACAGCAUCAGGGAACUUCAUGACAUGUUCAUGGAUAUGGCCAUGUUGGUGGAGAGCCAGGGCGAACUGGUGAACAACGUCGAGCGGAGUGUUAUGGGCGCUCAGGAAUACGUGGAGGAAGCAAAGGAGCGCAUCCCGAAAUGCAAAAAGUUAAAAAAGGCCAGCAGACGGAAAAUGAUCCUGAUAGGUGGUUGUGUCGCAGUGUGCCUCACCAUCCUCAUUGUUUCUCUUGCUGUCGGCCUCAGUUAGGACCCUGACACACACCGUUUGCUACUCUAGAAGUGGCUCAAUAAUUUAGCGUCACCAUUGUAAAUGAGCACUCAAACUCCGUGGGACUGAUUAAUAUUGUCUAUCUGUGUUAUUUUAUAUUGCUCUUGCACAUGUUGUGUUUCUUAUUUUGCACAUUUUCUGAAAAUUACAAAAUAUUGCGUACUUUUCAAAAUUGAGCAUUUACUCUAAUUAUCACAUGCAUCUCUGAAUAGUUCAUGGACAACCAAUCUUUUUCAAAACUUGUGGAAAGUUUUAAAUAUGCACCCUAAAAAACAGACUUUUUUAAGGGUGACGAAAUCUAGUAAAACUAUUUAAAUUUUCAGCAAGCUCACACCAAUGCAACAUCUUUCCACUUCAGGUAGAGAAACUAUUACCAGCAACAACUUCACCAGAUCUCACUUUCGAAAAAGCCAACCUAACCCUUUAACUGCACUAGCGUAGCGUUGCUGUAUGUCUUACCACAAAAACUCAAUCAAUUAGUUUUCCAAUAAUAUAUCUCCUUUUCUUCCUAAAAUGCCAUUUCAAGCUAUCACAACAAGCAGUGGUUUAAAAAAAAUCGGCACUUCAUGUGGCUCAGACACUGAAGAAAAUCACAUAUUGUCUGGAGACGCUCAUUUAAAUUUAAUUUAAUGUAGUAAUCACCAGACAUUUUCUACUUAUAUAAUUAGCAAAAAACAACUUUUCAUAUCUGAGAAAAUUCCCCCAAAAAAACGAACACAGUCUGGCUGCUGACUUCUCUAGAGUCGUUUGUUUCUGCUGUGGUAGCGAAUGUUUCCUGUCUUUCCUCUGCUCCGAGUUGAAGCCGAGACUCAAGUUGUUAUAAUCACUCAAAAACUGCAGAAAGACGAAGCGCGUUGUGCUCAAUCUGUCAUUUUCUGUGUUGUCAUUAGCAACCAUACAUCUGUUCCACAUUUGAAUCCUCUUCCUUAUUGUCACAAAAGCAAUCCAGUUAGCUUUGAAAAUAGUAUAAAGCCACUUUCUACUUAUCUUACUUAGACUGCAUCAUUGCCCAUAUAUGGUAAUGGUAUUUCCCUUUGGAGAGGCUCAACUCCAGGAAGUCUCUCCUGAUACAAAAUCAGGAGAGACAAAUCCAAAGUAAAUCAUUAUUUGUUUUGACAAAGGAUAGAAAGGUCCAUUUAAAUCCAUUUUUAUUUAAUAUAUUUAAUGGCUUUGGCUUGAAAAUAUGAUGCCGUUUUCCUUUUCAGUUCAGGACAGAUUUGGAAGAAAGUUUAAAAGAAAUGCAUAUAAAUAUGCUUGUUAAAAUACAUCAUGACCAUUUGCGUAAAUGUUGCUUCGGCUCAGGCUAUGCGAGGGAGACCCAUAUCAACAAUUUGAUCAACGUGCCAUAAGAAUUUGCACGGAUCCACCAAAAGCAUUUGGUCCAUCACAGACAUUAGGAUCUGUCUUUUCGAUUUAAAGAUUGAACAACUAGUAGUAGUCAAUUCUGUCAUGAGAAAUGCGCCAACUGAGAAUAACUGUGAUAUAAGUUUUAGUCUUUAGUUCCUAUCAUUUAGCUCUUUUGCUAAAUGAGAGACAUGGUUAAUUCAACUAAAGCUCAGAUUAAAACAAUCUGAGACAUCUUGUUAAUGUUUUGUCGGACACUGGUUGCUUAUGAAUUAUAUUUAUUGAGAUAGCGUUAAAAGCCUGUAUUUCUACCACCAGAGGGAGCUAGAGCUGAUUCUUGGUUUUAACUCUGCAGUGAUCGUGUUUGUUGGAUGUGUAAAACGCCACUAAGGCAGAGAGAACUCAACAUGCUGUAACGUAAGAAGACGGCUUGAUCUGAUCUAAUGUAUUUAUCUUGAAAUACUCUAUUAAAUCAAGCAAACUCUAAAAAGUAAAAUUCAACUUUGUUGCCGUGACGACAGUAGCUUUCAUUUCAGCUGAAUUUCCUCUCAAGAGGACAAAAACGUUUAUAGCUUGCUGUAAAUAUUGCAGCACUCUUUUAUUUACCUGCGUUUUCUGAAGAGUUGAUUAUAAUUUUAAAUGAUAAUUUUACGUUUCACUGAGUUCUCUCUGCCUGUAAAGCUUAACGUUGUCUUUAAGUUGUUGAACAAAAUGCAGGAAGCAAAUAUCCAAACGUGAGCUUUUACAAAUCCUUGUAAUAGUUGCACUCCGAGAAUUUCCUGAGAUUAUUUUAUGUUAUUAAAUCCCACUUUUGUUUUCUGACUUCCACUCUGUUCAAAUGUAUUAAAGUUCUGUUCACACUGCUAACAGGUUUUCCUCUCUUUCCUGUCUGCUGCGUGGGAUUUUUCUUCUUUUUUUAUGUUAUUAUUCCUUUUUUUUAACUCUGUGUAGAAGAAAAUCAUGAUUAUUAUAUGCUGUGUGGUUUUGGGAAUUGUCAUUGCUUCCAUAGUUGGAGGAACUCUAUCUUAAACCUCAGCCGCUGUCACACACACACACCCAAAUGAAAACAGGCAAAGCCAGUUCGUUCAGUAUCCUGUAUGAAAAACUACAAUCCAGAAUGGUGUUUCCCAACCCCGGUCCCCAGACCAAACUCCCCUGCGUCUUGCAAAUGUUUUCCUUACGAUAACACAACCGAUUCUGAGGGUCGGUGUUGGAAACGACUGAUCUGGAACGUGCUUAGCACACAGUGUGUCACAUUACAGUAUGAUGCAUUCUGCAAAUAGUGUACAGGGCCAGAGGUGAUCUCGCAUGAGUUGCUAUUUUGUAAACAUGUGGUGCUGCAAAUUGUUCAUCUGGAUGUUGUUAAAGGGUAUGAUGUUUCUGGAAAUGGGACGUUAUUCAAUAUUACAUAUUCUUAGUCAUUCCAAUUCGCCAACAAGACACUACUUUGUACUCUCUGUUUUGUGUUGUAUAAGCAAAGUGACGGGUCACUCACCUGCAGUGUUUUACCUAUUGAUUUGUAGUUUUAUAUAUAUAUAUA